AUGACGACCAUUGCAGAAAGAACAGACCAGGGCAUCAUCUAUCGAGCUUCAAUAGAAUACCCGAUUCCGGAUCUCGAUAUCCUUUCUCUUUUAUUCGAUUCGGGCAUCGGGCUAGCAAAACCAGAUACGCCCAUUCACAUUUCAGCUGCAGAUCCAAGCUUGGUGCUGACGACAUCGCGGGCUCGCAUCUUGACGGAAGAGACGUCUGCAGCGCUACGCAAGCACUUUAGCAUUGGGGUGAAUGGAGCGGGGAAGGAUGUGUGUUCGGUGAUUUCGACAGGGCAUUAUUUGCUUCCUGCGCUUGCGUACGGCGUUAUUGGCGCUGGAGGUGUGUUCUCUGCUGCGUCUGCGGCAAGUACGGCUGGUGAGCUGUGCAAGCAGCUUCAAGGUGCUGUGUCUAGGAUUCUUGUUGCUGUUGAGGGGACGAGGGAUGUUGCUAUCGGGGCUGCUGAGGCGGCGGGUUGGGGGAGGAAUGGAGGGGGUAGAGUGCUGGUUAUGAGUGAAGGGAGAGAUUGGGGUUUGAGGGUUGUGCAGGAAAAUGGGAGAUUAGGUGAGAAUUUGAUUGAUGAGGGAGAUAGGUUGGCUUGGAAGCGGAUUACCGAUCCGCGGGGGCUGGAGGAUAGCCUUACUGUGCUGAUUUAUAGCUCUGGGACUACUGGGCUGCCAAAAGGCGUCAAGAUGUCUCAUCUAAACUUGGUAGCCGAGACUGUAACGACAGGUAACCUGACCAAGUCAUGGAUUUCAAAGAAGCGACCGGACUUUGAAUAUAGAACAGUUGCUCAUUUGCCCGUUUCACACAUCGCCGGCAUCCAGGGUUACCUCCUUAACGCAUUCUACAUGGGCGGCACUGUUUACUGGAUGCCAAAGUUCGACUUUACUCAGUUCCUCGAAUGCAACAGGAGAUUCCGCAUCACUUUCUUCUUCACUGUGCCGCCCAUCUUCCUGCUCAUUGCAAAGUCGGCCCAGGUGACAGACCAGUUCCAGACUCUGGAGCUUGUUGUCAGCGGCGCUGCACCACUGGGCAAGGACUUGCAGUAUGCAGCUAGUCAAAAGCUAGGUGGACCAGAUUGCUUCAUCGACCAGACGUGGGGGCUAUCCGAAACGACAGGAAGUGCAACAAUCAUGCCAGCGGGCAUGCAUGACGACACUGGGUCCGUAGGCCCUCUAGUGCCGAAUAUGCUUGCCCGUCUUGUCGAUGACGACGGCCGAGAUGUCGAGCCAGGAAAGCCAGGAGAGAUUCUUAUCAAAGGGCCGGUGGUGUUCAAAGGAUACUACAAGAACGAUGCUGCUACCGAGGAAUCUUUUACAGACGACUGGUUUCGCACUGGCGACAUUGCAGAGUUUCGCAACGGACUGUUUUAUAUUGUGGACCGUAAGAAGGAACUGAUCAAGUACAAGGGCUUACAGGUUGCUCCUGCAGAACUGGAGGCUGUAUUAGUGAGCCACCCAUACAUUCUGGAUGCGGCAGUUAUCGGGGUCGAGGCUGAUGACGGGCAUAAUGAGGUCCCUAGAGCGUAUGUUGUCGCUGCUAAGGGCAGUGAGAAGAUGAGUGCGCGCGAUGUUGAGGAGUAUGUGAAGAAAAAUGUGGCAGGAUACAAGCAACUGAGGGGUGGCGUGGUGUUCGUGGAUGAGGUACCUAAGAGUCCCAGUGGAAAGAUUCUUAGGAAAGAUUUAAGGCUUUUAGCGAAGCGUGAGAAGGGCGCAAGGUUGUGA